AGAAACGGGUAUAGAUGAACAAGGAGUGGGUUUAACAAUAAUAAUAUACAGAUGGGUGUUAUUAUUAUAAUAAUAAUAAUAAUAAUAAUAAUAAUAAUAAUAAUAAUAAUAGUAAUGUCGUCUGUUAACCAGGAAUUGCAGUUAAUGCAGUAAUGCCACAUUUAUUUCUAGAAUGCUACCGUUAUCUGUUCAGAGGAGUAUAAGGCGAGUAGCUGAGUUUCGUAAGCUUUGGAACGUCCCCCGUUAUGACCUCAGUCAGAAGCACCUUGUGUCUUUUUUCACUCCCAUCCUAGCAGGUAAGCUCUGUGGAGCAGCACAAGCACUCCAUCACGUGGGCUGCAGAGGCCUGUCCACCACCUCUGCUUCCCAGGACACUCCCGACUGUGGAACUAGCCAGGGAAGGACUCAUGUGGAGGGGGGUUCUAGAACAGAGGGGGACGAGACAGACCCAAAACACAACAGCGCACCCCUGGGCCUCCCUCCACAGCCCCCACCCUUGCAGUGCUGUAUGAGCGCCUGCUCGAACUGCGUGUGGAUUCCCUACACAGAGGAACUCCUGAAGUAUUACCGAGACGGCGGGGAGAGGGCUCUGGCGGCAAUAGAGGAGCACGUCAGGGACGAAAACAUCAAAGCAUUUUUAAAAAUGGAGAUUAGAUUGAUGAAUGUAAAAUAAAACAGCAGCAAGGAUCAAGUCUCUGUCUCCAGCUUUUAAAUCAACAAAAAUCCUAAAUCAAAUUGCAAAAGGGACCGAAAAAAUAAACCUAUUUUUUGCAGGAUGAUAAUCGGAGAGAGUAAUUUGUACAUUUUCUGUUCUAUUUAUAAAAGGAGGUCUACCUGAAACUUUAAAAUUGGACUUGAAAUGGCUUUGGACAUUUGUAAACCCAAAUGACAACACUGGGUACUUCUGAAUAUUCAGGUCUAUGUUCCUGUACUGUUUAUAUGAAUGCAGUGUUAAACUAUUGUCACUUUAUGCUGGCUUCCACUGGAACCAUACAUUUAAAAAUAUGACUACUGAAGUAAAUAUUUUGUGCAGUCUCUUUGUAGGACUUCGAUUAUGUCUUCUGGUCAUGACCCAGUUAUUGUAAAAUGUGUAUUAUUAAACUGUCAUUGAAAUGAAAUGGCCUAACUAUAUAUUACUAAAAUGUAACAGCCUCCUUGCAGUCCCUAAUCCUCUUACACAGACUGACGUCUCAUUCCAGAGUGUUUUGGGGUUGGGUCUGGCUCAGGUCAGUUUACUGUUCUUGAAAUUCUUUAACUUUAGGUUAACUAGUCUCCUGCUAUGAAUCAACAUUUCCAUUCAAACAAUUCUAAGUGGAACUAACAGAUUCCUUCCAGUUCAGUGUCUCAAGCAUCAUGGGGAUUCUAGUAGUCUGGGAUGCAGGGAAUCUGUACAGUGCUGUAGCUGUGAAGUAACUUUGGCAGUCGGUAAGUCUUUAUUCACAGUGAUGCAAGAGGCUGACCAAUUUACACAGCUCCAAAGAGGUUUUCAACUGAAGUAAUAAUCAUUGGGUCUUAAGCUCAGCACUUUACAAAGCCCCUACCUCCUUCCCACAACCUACCUCACGACAGCAAUAAGAGUCACCAGAAGGGCAGUUUACACUACUGCUGCUCCUCUCAAAACAAUCUGCAAAGUAAUCAACUGUCACGCUCGCAUGUACAGCACUACUUAGUAAUCAUGUGGGUUUAAAUCAUUUUAAUUAUCCAUUGUACUCAGUGGCGGUAUUGAUUGACACCUCCUGCUGUUCCCCCUAGGUAGUUCAGACAGUGCUAGGAAGCCCUGCUUAAUCCGUGACAAUAAACAGAAAUGUAAUUGUUAUGUGUUCUUACUAUUGUAUUAUGCUGUUACAUCAAUGCUGGAUGUUCAUUAUUAGAGUC